UGUGUGUGUGUGUGUGUGUGUGUGUGUGUGUGCGCGUGUGCAUGUGCAUGUUGCAGGCUGAGGCGGAAUGGCAACGCCUCCAGGAGCUGUGUGCCGAGCAGGAGCAGGAGCAUAGCACCUCCGUGCGCUGCCUGGAGGAGAGCAUCCAUGAGAAAGAGGUCCAGAUCAAGGAACUGAAGGAGACCAUCUUUGAGCUGGAGGACCAGGUGGAGCAGCACCGGACUGUAAGGCUGCACACCAAUCAGACCAUCCUGGACCUGGAGGGUCAGAUCAAGAAGCUGGAGGAGCAGAAACUCAACUUGGAGAAGCAGCUGAAAGCUCUGAGCAGACAGAUGAAGGACGAGACAGAGGAGUGGCGGCGGUUCCAGGCAGACCUACAGACGGCCGUGGUGGUGGCCAACGACAUCAAGGUGGAGGCGCAGCAGGAGGUGCGCGGCCUCCGCAGGCGGCUGCAGGAGGAGCAGGAACGGAACAUGAACCUGGAGGCUGAGCUGGAGCAGCUGCAGGGUGGCAGGUUGAAAGGUGAUGAGGUGGAUUCCUCAGACACGGACGGCAGCCCUCGUUGGUGUGGAAUCUCAGUCAGUCAGACGGGAUCACCCUCUUCUGAACCUGGAGCCACUGUCAAGUCCCUCAUCAAAUCCUUCGACUCGGGCGUGCAGAAUGGGCCCAGCCACACGGUGGCGAUACACUCCUCUACCAGAAGCCCCCUGAGCGGGAUCCCCGUCCGCACAGCCCCUGCGGCCGCUGUCUCCCCAAUCCAGAGGCACUCAUCUAUCAAACCUCUCUCGAAGGCCCUGGAGAAAAGAAUCAAUUUGGGAGAUUUCGCUCACCCAGACAAGCUGCCGGGUCUCAGCGAUGACCUGAAACCCAGCACCCUCAUGAGGAAGAGCCCAUCCUUAGAGUCCGUCAUCAAGACCCCGGGUUCACUGGGCAGCCGCACAGCUUCCUUAAGCUACCCGAAGGCCAACAGCAAACUGAGUGUGGAAAGAAAAGACCCCUUGGCUGCUCUGGCCAGGCAGUAUGGAGGAUCUAAGAGGAACGCGCUUCUGAAGUGGUGCCAGAGGAAAACAGAGGGCUAUCCGAACAUCGACGUGACCAACUUCAGCAGCAGCUGGAGUGACGGGCUGGCCUUCUGCGCGCUCCUGCACACCUACCUGCCAGCCCACAUCCCGUACCAGGAGCUCAUCAGCCAGGACAAGAGCAGGAAUCUGACCCUGGCUUUCCAAGCGGCCGAGAGCGUCGGCAUCAAGCCCUCCCUGGACCUCAGUGAAAUGUUACACACGGACCGGCCAGAUUGGCAAAGUGUCAUGCAGUACGUCUCUCAGAUCUACAAGUACUUCGAGACCUGAUGGGAGGAUUCAGGGCACGAGCACGGCAAGCACUUUCACCCAUUCCCACCGUAGCAGCCAUCUCUGCCCCCGCCUUCCGAGCCACCUACCCAGCUCUCUGUCUGUCCGGCCGCCAUCUGGGCUGGGCGGCAGCUGUUUGAGUUUAACCGUGACAUUGUGAGAGGCGGCAGUCUGCUACCAAGGCACCCACAUCACACCUGCCCUCAGCCGAUUUUGCUAACUGUGUGCUUCCUCUAACUCCUAGCUCUGUUUACGGCUAAUAUUCGGAAACCGUUAUUUAUUUAUACCCAUCUCGUAAUAAAAUGGUAAGAACAUGGAGUGGACAUUUGUGGUUUGAGGAAUUGAGGCCCCUUUCUGACUACAGACAGUGUUGCUGAUAAUAAAGGUUUUUGUCCAACCUCAAA